GAGCCCAGACUGCCGCCACCAACUUCGCCACCGCAAGCCGACCCUCAACCUGAAUAUUCCAAAAGUGCCUGGGAAUCUUCUCAAGAAAGACCAGACGCUCAUUGUACACGGGACACUCUCCUCCUCUUUCCCACCGUUGGUAUGAGAGAGAAAAGGUCCUAUUACUAAGGGCUGGGCAUGGCCGAGUGGGAAAGGCCGAGCCGGAGGCUGCCUCGGGCAGCCGAGCCCAAGCUGGCCAACGAGGGGGACCCGCAGCUGCCCACCGGCCGGGAGUUGACCGAGGCCAACCGCUUUGCCUACGCAGCACUCUGUGGCAUCUCCCUGUCCCAGCUGUUUCCAGAGCCAGAGCACAGCCCCUUCUGCACAGAGUUUGUGACUGGCCUGGUGACGUGGCUGGAGUUGUCUGAAGCUGUCUUGCCGACAAUGACUGCUUUUGCCAGCGGCCUGGGGGGCGAAGGAGCAGACAUGUUUGUCCAGAUCCUAUUGAAGGACCCCAUCUUGAAGAAAGACCCGUUGGUGAUCACACAGGACCUGCUGACCUUCUCACUCAAGGAUGGGCGCUAUGAUGCUCGGGCCAGAGUCCUUGUGUGCCGCCUGACCUCCCUGCUCCAGGUGCCCCUGGAGGAGCUGGACAUCCUUGAAGAGACAUUCCUUGAGAGCCUGAAGGAAAGCAAAGAGGAGGAAUCUGAAAUGGCUGAGGCCUCCCGAAAGAAGAAAGAAACUCGGAGGAGAUGGAAACGCUAUCUCCUGAUAGGCCUGGCGACCGUCGGAGGCGGGACCGUGAUCGGUGUGACCGGGGGUCUAGCUGCCCCUCUGGUGGCCGCGGGCGCCGCGACAAUCAUUGGCAGUGCUGGGGCAGCUGCUCUUGGUUCAGUGGCCGGCAUAGCCGUCAUGACCUCACUGUUCGGUGCCGCUGGAGCUGGCCUGACCGGAUACAAGAUGAAGAAGCGUGUCGGGGCCAUUGAAGAGUUCACCUUCCUGCCUCUGACGGAGGGCAAGCAGCUGCACAUCACCAUCGCCAUCACGGGGUGGCUGGCGUCUGGGAAAUACCGCACCUUCAGCGCCCCGUGGGCUGCGCUGGCCCACAGCAGUGAGCAGUACUGCCUGGCCUGGGAAGCCAAGUACCUGAUGGAACUCGGCAACGCCCUGGAGACCAUCCUCAGUGGUCUGGCCAACAUGGUGGCCCAGGAGGCCCUGAAGUACACGGUCUUGUCUGGCAUCGUGGCGGCUCUGACCUGGCCUGCUUCCCUGCUCAGCGUCGCCAACGUCAUCGACAACCCCUGGGGCGUGUGCCUCCACCGAUCAGCCGAGGUUGGCAAGCACCUGGCCCACAUCCUGCUCAGCCGGCAGCAGGGCCGGCGACCUGUCACCUUGAUUGGCUUCAGCCUGGGAGCCAGAGUCAUCUACUUCUGUCUGCAGGAGAUGGCUCAGGAGAAAGACUGCCAAGGGAUCAUCGAGGACGUCGUCCUGCUGGGGGCGCCAGUGGAAGGGGAUGCCAAGCACUGGGAGCCUUUCCGGAAGGUGGUGUCCGGGCGGAUCAUCAAUGGCUACUGCAGGGGAGAUUGGCUGCUAAGCUUCGUGUACCGCACGUCCUCCGUGCAGCUGCGUGUGGCCGGCCUGCAGCCCGUGCAGCUGGAGGACCGGAGGGUGGAGAACGUGGACCUGUCCACAGUGGUCAGCGGCCACUUGGACUACGCCAAACAGAUGGACAUCAUCCUGAAGUUGGUGGGCAUCCGCACCAAGCCGGGCUGGGACGAGAAGGGGCUCUUGCUGGCCCCAGGCAGCCUGCCCCUUGGGGAGCCUCGCCAGGGAGCAACUGCCGUCUCCUUACCAUCAGGCGAGGCCACCCGCCUGGAUGAGCAAGCCCAGGAUCUCACACCCAAGGACACCCCUCAAGUUGCCACAAUCACCGAGCCCCACCAAUCCCAGGUGCCAAGCGGGCCGGGUCACUCUGAGAGGGGCUCCUCUCUGGCCGCCCUGAAGCCUGCGGAGAGCCCCCAUGUCUGCAGCCAUGGCAUGGACCCCAAUCCACUGGGUUGCCCUGACUGUGCCAGCCAGACCCCGGGGCCCUGCCCAGGCCUGGACUGACUCCUGAGCAGCGACUGCGCUGAUGUCUCAGUGGUCGGCAGCUUCCCUCCCGCCUGAGCGCCACAGGUGUAGGACUUCCACAGGUGCCUUCCUGCAGUAUGGAACUGGAGCAGGGGUAGAGGAAGGCCUGCCCUCCCUGGGGAAUCAAGGCCAGAGAACUGAAUCCACCAGCCACAGGCUCAGUGCAACGCAGGGCCGCAGCUCAGGGGGCUGGGCCUGGCUGGCCACCCAGAACCCAGGGGUCUCUGGGGCCUGAGGCUGCCCCACCACCACUUCCCCAGGCCUCCGGACCUCCAUGAAGCCAGUACCUGUCUACCUGUUCUCCAGUCAGGGCCUGGGUACCCGAGCAGACAGAAGGGGCAUGGAGUAGGGCAACUUGCUCUGCUCCUGGUAGAGCUGGUCAGGCCUGCCCCACAGCCUUGCAGGGCCAUCAAUCACACUGUUGGGGUGAAUGUGCCCCCAACAGUGCACAGCAUUGUGGCCUUCCAUAGAACUGUCAGACGGUGAAUAACUGCUGAGUCCGCCUGCUGGGUGGGUAGAGCUGGGUCUGGUGACCAGAGUGAGUUGUAAGGGACGGGGGAGGCGAGGGGGGGUAACAACGAUGAGGAUGAAUCGUGACGGCUCCUUGAGGGGUUCCUGCAUGCCGGAUACACACGUGGUCCUCGUGGCAGCUCUGGGCAUGGCUCUUAUCUGCGCUUUUACACUGGGGGAAACAGACCCAGGGAGCUGGAGUAACCUGCGCCAGGUCCCAGCUUAUCAUCCUUGGAGCCAAGUCUCACAUCCCAGUCAGCCAGGCCCUGUGCCCAAGCUCUACCACUCGUCUGCACCCAUGAGGACCUUCCCGUGUGCUCCGCCCUCUGUCCCUGAAGGUCGGGGCUGGGGAUCACGCGUCCUAAGGUGCAGAGCUGACAAGCAGGGCAGGGUGAGCGCUGUCUCGGGCCAGCCUGUGUGCUUGUGUGUGUUUGGAAUGGCAGAGCUGUUGCUGUCAUCGUAGAAAACAGGUCGCCAAAGGAUUUUCCCAAGGUCCUAAAGCCAGCUCCCCCAGGACACCAGCUGCUUCUCCAGCUCCAAGUACCCCCCACCCCCUGCCAAGUGAAUCCAGUCCAGACCGGGUCGUUGUCUUCAGUCAGUAUUUAUUGAGUCUGUGUGGCCAGGCCGGGGAGCCACGGGGGAGCCCCAACAAGCACCAUGGCCCCUGGCCUUCUGUGGCCUGCGGCCAGGGCCGGAGUUGAGUCUGGUCAGCACCAAGGAGAGUGCCAGGACAGCCAUGGAGGACCACCACCACCCCUCCCGGGGAGGGCGGGGGAUGCAAGUGUUUGGGUUAAUGGAACUUUGUGCAAGGAUGGAUGGAGGGUGCUAAAAUAAAACAGCUGGAAAGGAA